AAUCAAGACUUUGCUACAUGGCCUCCGAUGGCUCCCAACCAAUUUUCGUUUGCUCUAUAAUCCGAGCAAGAAAGCAGAAAAUGUCCGACCUCUACCGUAACGCCGAUCAAGUCAAGUUCUACGCCUCGACCCGCCCGACCUACCCACCUGAGCUCUUCCACUUUGUCGCCUCAAAAGCUCCGAGCCGCCAACUUGCCUGGGACGCCGGCACGGGGAGCGGACAAGCAGCCGUUUCUCUCUCCUCUCUCUUCGACUCCGUCGUCGCAACCGACUCCAGCCCUGAGCAGAUCUCCCAAGCACCAACCCACCAUUCGAACAUCCGCUUCGUCGUCACACCGCCUUCGCUUUCCCUCGCCGAUCUCCACCGCCUCGUGGCACCACCUGGCUCCGUCGACCUCAUAACCGUCGCUACGGCUCUGCACUGGUUUGAUAUCCCGGCCUUCUUCGAACAGGCACGAUCGGUCCUCCGCCGCCCCGGAGGAGUGUUAGCCGCGUGGUGCUAUGACAGUAUCGUGCUCUGCGACGGGGGAAGGGUGGAGGAAAUCUAUCGGAGAUUGAUGGAAGCGACGUGGCCGUACGUGGUUGAGGAUAUCAGGGCGAUUGCUCAUGGGGGAUAUGCCGGGGUGGAGUUUCCGUUCGAGGCGGUGGAAGGGGUGGAGGAAGGGACGGCACCGGUGAGAAGAUUUGCUGUGGAGAAGGAGAUGGGGGUGGAGGGACUGAUUUCUUUCUUGAAGUCUGGGACGGGGUAUCAGAGGGCGAGAGCGGCGGGGGUGGAGUUGGUUACGGAGGAGGUGUUAGAUGAGAUGAAGAAGGCUUGUGAGGAGGAUGGAGAGGAGGUAAAGAAGGUGAAGUUUCCGAUUAGCCUUCGAAUUGGAAGGAUGGGAUCGAGAUAGCCAGUAUAGUAAUUAAGCCAGAGAUAUUGGGGAUUCAUGGAUCUGCGAGGAGAUGAGAGAUUUAACAUAUUUUUCUUCAGUUUUGCUGGGGAAUUCUUCGUUGUCCUGUGCAGUUCAUAGCUCCUGUGUUUUAAGUUUGUGUUUAGCGUGUAGUUAAUACGUGUUUUUAUGGUGGUUUUGAUUGCAAAUUUUGCAAUUCAUCCGCUUCCUUCAUGUUGCAGUGGUGCUCUGGAGGGUAAUAAAUUUGCUGUUAUGGCUGUUAAGGUCCAUUUGAUGA